AUGAAACGAAACUAUCCCAGUGGAUGGGAAAAGAUGAAAAAAAAAAAGCUAAAGAACAACAACUACAACGGUUGUCGGGUUCAAUACUUAAAUUUACUAAAAGGGCACUGUCCCAGGCAAACAACGAAGGAGGGCCCUGAAUCUUUAGAAGGCCCAUGUACAAGCUAUGGCCAACGGAAUGAACAAACAAGCAAUGAAGAACAAGAAAAAAGAGAAGAAGAACAAUACAAAAGGCAAGAAGAAGAAGACAUAAUCAUUUUGAUACGUUCUGAAUUAGACGCAAACUCAGUACACGAAUCAGAAGAUUUAACAUUAAAUUAUGAUGUUGGAAACUGGCCCACUCCAAUGCUAGAUUAUCUUAGAACCGAUGUUAUAAGACAAGGCAGUGAAAUUUACCAGAACUUGGAGGGGCCAUUUGAUCCAGUUCAUAAACCAGGAGAAAAUUCAAAGGGUCAAACUAAGCAGCUAACAAAAAGCUGGUUUUACAAGAAGCUUCCAAGUGGAGAACAGAUUUUGAGGAAAUGGAUGGUCUAUUCUCAUGAAAAAAAAAUCACUGUUUUGCUUUCGUUGCAAGCCACAGGGAAGACUUUGGUAACUUCUUGGAACCGUGGUAAUUUCUUGGAACUUGUCAGUCUCCUUUCAAACUAUGACCAUGUUUUAAAGGAGCACAGCAUACGGCUUCAGCAAUUAUUGGAAUCAGGAUUGAUUACAGUUUCUUAUUUAUCGCCGUCAGUGCAAAAUGAGUUUAUAUCUCUUUUAGGCGAUGCUGUAAAACAAGAAUCAAUCUGUGAAAUCAAGAAAGCUAAAUUCUAUGGCAUAUUGCUUGACAGCACGCCAGAUAUAUUCCACACUGAACAAAUGAGUCAGGUCAUAAGGUAUGCAAAAAUUGAUAACAGGAACGUGGAAGUGAAAGAAUCAUUUCUAGGUUUUAUUCCUCUAAGUGGGAAAAAGGCAGACUCUAUAACACAGGAAAUUGUUCAAUCUCUUGAAAAGGACGGCUUGGAUUUAAAGCUUUGUCGAAGCCAAGGAUACGAUAAUGCCACGACAAUGUCUGGCAUUCAUACAGGAGUAAACCAGAAUUAA